GAUGGCAGACGGCUAUUGGAAGUUAAGAGGAAUAUUGUCUUCUAAUCGAAAUAAUUGAUUUCCCACUGUGAUUUCGCUAAGUUAAUUAAGUCAAUUUUAAAUACAUUCAUCACACAUCAAUACACAAUCAUGUAUACGAGGACCAUCGCUCUACUUGCUCUCUUAUGUACCAUUGCAACUGGACUUCCUGUCGAAAGCAGUGAUGGAGAAACGAGACAAUUUAAUUACCGUUUGCCAAAUGACACGGUACCUAUACACUACGACCUUAAACUUAUACCAGACAUCAGUGAAGCGUUUUCGUUCGACGGCCAAGUCGCGAUAAAAGUGAAAAUUCUUCAACCAACGGAGGAGAUAAAGCUUCAUACUGUCGAAUUGAUCUUGGAUGAAAAUGCAACGCGUUUAUUCGACGAAAAUAACAACGCUUUCACGCCGAAAUGGUAUAGUUACAACAAUCAAACGGAAAUUUCAACGAUGUACUUUGGUGGUCCUCUACAAGUGGGGGUAUACAUCUUGAGCUUGCAAUUUUCGGGAAUAAUACACGACGAUUUGUUUGGUUUCUUCAAAAGCAGCUAUGUGGAUGGCAAACGAAACGAGGUGUGGCUGGCUGCAACUCAGUUCGAGCCAACAUAUGCUCGUAAAGUGUUUCCAUGCUGGGACGAGCCAGCUUUAAAGGCAACUUUCGACAUCUCGAUAAAACAUUAUCCCGACUACACAGCCAUAUCGAAUAUGCCUAUUCGUGAGAAGUCGAAGAUCGACGAGACAGGUAAAAUAUGGACCCAUUUCGAGAGUACACCGGUGAUGUCGACCUAUUUGGUAGCAUUUGUAAUCGCGAACUUCGCCAAGAUCUCAAAUGCCGAUGGUACGAUUAACGUUUGGAGCAGAGAGGAUAUGGUUCCCCAUUUGGAGCUAGCUCGCGAGGUCGCUCAGAAGGCUCAGAAGGAAUUGGAACAUUACACUAAUAGUACUAUCCGCGUACCGAAGAUGGAUCACGUGAUCCUUCCACAACACCCUACAGAUGCUAUGGAAAAUUGGGGAAUAAUAACGUAUUCAGAGUCAACGUUCCUGUACGUAAAAGAUGAAAUCUCAAUGCUACAGAAAUAUCUUGUAUACGAAACGGUGAUCCACGAGCUAGCGCACCAAUGGUUUGGAAAUCUAGUCAGUCCAUCUUGGUGGUCCCAGGUUUGGCUGACAGAAGGUUUCGCUUCGUACCUCGAAGACUACAUCCUGAACAAAAUUUGCAAAGGCUGCAGAGCUGUGGAGUAUUUUGUCGUUAGUGUCGUCCAAGAGUCGCUUUCCAUCGAUACCCAACUGUUCGCGACCCCUAUCGAAACGAAUAUCGAGACGCCCACGGAAAGUCGGAAAAUUUUCACUAACGUUCUUUACCAAAAAGCACCUUCUAUCUUGCACAUGUUGUCCAAUAUCAUCACUCCAGAAGUCUUUCAAUCUGGUACCAUCAAAUUUUUGAAUACACAUGAAUACGACUCUGCUAAUUCAGACAACCUGUGGGAAGCACUACAGAGUACACUAGAUAAGUCAGACGUACCACACGGUGACUUCCAAGUGAAACAAGUGAUGGACUUUUGGAUCAAAAGGAAAAGGUACCCUUUGGUGUACGUGAAUCGAAAUUAUUCUACUGGCACGGUGACCAUUACUCAGAAAGAUUUUGGAUUAGUCGACGUGCACGAGAAUAAUGACACGGAUAAUUACGAAGACAAAAACGAAGAGUACGAAUGGUGGGUACCAAUAAAUUAUGCGACAAAGGGAAAUCCGGAUUUCUCGGAUACCAGGCCCACUCACUGGUUGAAGCCACAGAAAAACUUAAUCAUCGAUGGAAUUAAUCCAGACGAUUGGGUUAUAAUAAAUAAACAGCAAAGUGGCUACUACAGAGUAACCUACGAUGAAGUCAAUUGGAAAAGGAUCAGCGCGUACCUUAAAUCCGAGAACUUCACCGACAUCCAUGUGCUGAAUCGUGCUCAGAUCAUCAGUGACGUCACUAGCUUAUCUUAUUACAAGCAUAUAGAUCCACUGAUAUUCUUAGAUGUAAUAACUUACUUGUGUCAAGAAACGGAUUAUAUUCCUUGGUAUCCCAUGUUUAGCUUUAUUAGGUAUAUAAAAAGUACUUUGGACGUUCCGUCAGCUAGCCGGAUCAAGGAAUUCGUAUUGGAUAUCAUGGACAAUUUAAUCAAAGACGUAGGCUUCGACGAACACCGUGACGAGGAGCCUUUGGAUAAAAUCAAGAGAUCACAAACUCUCCAAAUAGCUUGUGACCUUGGCCACCUGGGAUGCAGGCAAAUAGCCGCUGUGAAGUUUAUGGAAAACUAUAAAAACCCGAAGACGAAUAAGAUCUCGCCAGACCUGAAAUUAUGGAUCAACAUGAAUGGUAUGAAAUUGUUGAACGAGUCAGAUUGGAACAUGGUGUUCGAGUCGUGUAUGAAAAAUCCAUCUAAGGAGGUGCUCUGUGCACUGAGUACUACAAGUAAUCCAGCACUUCUCGAGAAAUACUUACACGCAGCGAUAUCGAACGACACGAAUAUCUCAGAAGAGUACAGGACGAUAAUGCUCACCGAAGGGUUGGACAUUUCUCGAUUGACACCUCCUCUCGCGGACGUUGUGAUCAACGUCUUCACGGAACACUGGGAUGAAGUAAUUAAACGUUCACAGUAUGCCAUUUAUGACAUGCGCGAUAUCUUCUUUAACAUUUACAGCGAAGAUCAAGUGACGAAGGCAAAAGAGUUUUGUCAAAUAGUUAGCGAUGAAAAGUGCAUGUCACCGAAAUUUUGGGAGAUCAGAAUGAAACGAAUUAAUUCUUACGAGGAUAGGGUUAAUCAGUGGUUACAGUUGCUGAAUAAUCGUGUGGAUGUAUUAUUUCCGAAAACUUGUUUUACAAAUGUUGCAAAUGCUUUGUAA